ACCAGACACGCAGGAGCCAAAGCAAUCGUCUCACGCCAACAAACACGAUGCGAGGGCUCUUCACACUGCUCAGCGCUUUGCUGACAUACGCCACUGCUGUAUACGCUACCGCCCUUACCUACAAAUUAGAGGCACACGAGAACGCAUGCUUCUUCGCAAAGACGGAGCACAAGGGGACUAAGCUGGCCUUCUACUUCGCUGUACAAUCCGGUGGUUCUUUCGAUAUCGAUUAUUCCGUCGUCGGCCCCGGAGACAGACUCAUUCUCGAUGGCACAAAGGAGCGCCAGGGUGACUUUGUAUUCACCGCAAACGAUGUUGGCGAAUACCGCUUCUGCUUCAACAACCAGAUGAGCACCUUUGCGGAGAAGGUGGUGGACUUUGAGAUUGCCGUCGAGAACGAAGCCGCUCGCGCCAAGAUUCCUUCCAAGCAGGGCUCGUCCCCCGAACAAACCUCGGUCAUUGAGGAGUCGAUCAUCAAGCUCUCAGCCCAACUCUCAACCAUUGCGCGCAACCAAAAGUACUUCCGCACGCGCGAGAACCGUAACUUCAGCACAGUCAAGAGCACCGAGAAGAGGAUAUUCAACUUCAGUCUAAUGGAGUCGGGCCUGAUCAUGACCAUGGCGGGUCUGCAGGUCUUCAUUGUCCGCUUCUUUUUCCAAGGUGCUAGGAAAGGUAUUUUAUAACCUCCACACAAGAAUGGUCGGGGUUGAGGGGUUGUGGGCUGACAGAUGUUGGCAGGUUACGUAUGAGCGUAUAUGCGCUGUUUGGACAGGGUCCAAAUGCAAGUUUCCUACGCGCGCAAAAGCGCAGGCAUUAUCGUUGUGAGUGGCGGGUUGUGAAGAGCGUAUUUGUUUUGAAGUAUCUAUUCUAGGCGCUUUCGGAACUGGGAGCACAUGUAUCAAAAAUUCAGCCUGAAUAGGGUUUAUUGGGUGACUAGGGAUGACAAGAAUUCAACUAAGACGUGCAAGGCCUCUGACCAGUUAAGAGUUUUGCAAAGUGAUCAAUGGCACUGCUG